AUGAUAGAACGUUUCAUACAACAAUAUCCAGCUAUCAUUGCAGCCACAGUGGACGACCGAAUCAGGAAGAAAGACCAGUUCAAAAGAAUCCAGAGAGUAGUAGAUGAUGACUUCAACAAAAUGGAAACAUUUGUGCAGGUGGCAGGGCUGCUUUACAAAAUGACAACAGCAAUGUCCAGUGAGCGCAGGCCAACAGCUGGCAUGGUACUACCCAUGAUGGAAAAGCUGAGGCUUCACUUCACCCCAUCCUCAGAUGACAGCCCUUUUGCUGCAAAUCUCAAAUCUGCAGUUCAACGUGAUUUGCAAAAAAGGUAUAAAGUUACAAGAGAACAAGAGUCUCUGGAGGAGGCGACAGUGCUAGAUGCCCGUUUUAAGACAUUCUGUAAGGAAGAUGUCUGGGAUAGAUUAUGUGAUAAAAUCAGCUCUACAUGUGACAUCAAGAAGGAAGCAAUGAAUGAUGGAGAGGUGAAGGAGUCAAGAGAGGAUGAGGGAGAAGCCAAGGAAGUGAAGCCACCAAGGAAAAUGACUGCUUUGGAGGAAAUCUUCCUUGAUGAAGAUGAAGUUGAGAUCACCCAUGUAAUGCCUCCUAUACCUGUCCAUGUGAGAGUGCAGAAUGAGAUCACCAAGUACCGAGAAAUGCCAAAGAUCAAGUCAUCUGAGGACACUGUCCUCUUCUGGAGGAACAACAGCAAUGAUCUCCCCCUGCUAUCAGGUGCCUCACAGACUCAUCUCCCCUGCGCUCCACAGCUUUAAGCAUUACACCAAUUUUCAUAUUUUCGCAGCUGUGAAUGACAUCAACCCCCCCAACCAAAAAAAGUAGGCGUACACCAUGCUACUUUUUUUCCUUUGAAUGGUAAUAGACAACACAAAGACGCAAUCGGACAGCAACUUUUUUUUGUGAAAGUCUCUCUCUCUCUCUCUGAGGCACCUAAGGACAAAAAACUAAUUCGGCUCCCACCGAAGAGCCGGCUCCCGUCGUUCACUUCAAAGAGCCGGCUCUUUGAACCGGAUCGUUCGCGACCGACACAUCACUACCGGUUUCCUACUGACCCAGACAAGAGGGCCAAAUGGAUUGCAGCUGUGAAGAGACAGGAUUGGGAGCCAACAGAGUACUCCAGACUUUGCAGUGAUCAUUUC